CACCUCAUAUAUACGGUACCCUCAUGUACGUAAAAUAGUUCUAGUUUGGGAAAAAUUUGCCCAUUGAGGUCAAAGUAUUAAAUUACCUCGGUCUAAGGCUCUAAGCUCAGCUUAGCCUUCAAGAACAACAUUUCCACGUUUGAAAUCCACCAAACGAUUCCAAUCUAUUCAAAACAUUACUUAACGAUGUUAAAAAAGUCUAUUGCAACCAAUUCCAUAAUUUAAGUCUCGGUCAAAGUCAAAGUCAUGCCAAAAAGUCAACCCCGGGUCAACACGGUCGAGCCCUGAAACAAAAGUCAACUCUGGGUUGCCUAUAACGGGUCCAAAUCUAUGCAUAGAUUAUCAUUUGGAGUUUGUUUAGAUGCUCAAAUUCUUAAUUUAGUGUUUCUAGGAUUUAGACCUAAAAUCCCAAUUCCUACCAUUACAUCCCAUGUUUUAAUGGUAAAUCUUCAAGAAAAAACAUGACAUAAACUCAAGGAGAUGAUUAGAAGACUUACCCAACUCAGUUCGUAAAUACCCAAUUCAAAUCUCCAAUUCCCAUAGCUUAGAACUCUAAAAAUGGUUAAGAAAUGGAGCUGGUUCGCGAAACUCAGCUAUAUAUACCAGUCCAGGUUCUUCACUGAAGUUGCGAUAAACUUCUGUAAUCACAGACAAUUCCCUAACGCUGGCCUAUGCUAUCUCACUCAUAAACCACGCGACAACCGAGAGUGUCACGACCCAAAUCUGGAAGACAGAGUACUCAAACGAGCCACUAACCGUUAGGCAAACCCUCUAAACUAAAACAUGCUAAAAGCUUAGAAAUAAAAAAGAAAGAAUUCUACUAAAGUUGUCUGAUAAUAAUAAAGUGCGACAACGAAGUACAACUAUAAUGUCAAAACAUCACAUAAAACCAACUAAAAGGCUAAAUCAUUGAGCACUAGGAAUUGAAUACAACUGAUACGAGACGCAGCUCAAUAAAGAAGUCAUAACUGGAACAAAAAGAGCAGAGCUGAAGCUACAUUCACGAAAAGUGGUGGCUCACGAAAAGAGGUUCCCCAAUUACGAUUAGUGACAAAGCAUCAUCUGCCUUCAUCCCUUGUAAACCUUUCCCUUCUUCUUCUCUUGGCUCCUCGAGCAUCAACAUCUUUGCAUGUGGUGAACUCCCCAAGUUUGCAACUACGUCUCCUUCGAUGGUUUUCCUGGUUGGCUUCUUGUUCUCAAUGCAAAACAACUUUCGUCUCUUGUAGAAAAGAGUCGAACCUUAUGACCUCUGUGGGCUCAAGAUAUAAUUAACUAAUAAUGACUUGGGCUACACAGUCAGGCUCAAGUGUGUUUUUAAUACCUGGCCCAUUGUUGGGCUCGGUGGACUGGCCCAAAAAUAAUGUUACUUCUCCCAAACCAUCCUCCUGCAUUGCACGUGCUUUCCCUUUAUUUUUGGCAUUAAACUCAGUACACCCCACGUGGCCCUCACCGUCCCAUCUACAAAGAAAAGGCUAUCUUGUACCCCUUCUACCUCGUAGGUCAACUUUGUCCGACGGUCCUUCAGAGGCUUCCAUCUUGUGUUAUCUCCGGCCCUAGUUAAAAGCGAGUUUGUCUUUCAGCCCAUAUUGGUAUGAAGAAUUUGACCCCCUCUCUCUCAAUGACUACCUCAUUCGGUAUAUUCAGGCCAUCUCCUGCUACUUGAAUUCUUGCCCACUUGAGAUGGUUCUUGAGUUCUGUUUCUUCUUUCGUAGCUUUCCACCCACCACAAAGAUCUCCUAUUUCUUUGAAUAUCUUUUGUGACCACAGAUGUAGGGGAACUCCCAUGGCUCUGAUCCAAGUAGUUUUGACAGAUAUGGAGUUGGAAAGACAACCAAUGAUGGAAUUCCACCAUUCGAGAUACAGCUUGAAUUUCUUCCAACUCCAUUCUCCUUGGAGAAUCUGCUCAGCAUUUUUCUGUUGGGGAACUCAAACAGAAAUAGAUUCUCAGUCGUCUCAUACAUAUUCACUACAAAUGUUGUUUUCCACGUUAUACAGGCCCAUCUCCGAAUGUCUGAUAUCUUCGGUCUCUUGGUUGUUUCGUUCCCAAAGUACCCAAUGAUACAUCUUGUCAAAAGUCCGUUCUCCUUCAAAAGAUCGUGAUGUGUCUCCUUUAUUAGAGCUGACAACUGCUUCACGAAGGUUGUUUGAUUGCCAUUUACUCUCUUGUACUACUGUGGCAUAUAGUGAUGUGGCGUAAGUUUGAAAUUCAGUUGGGAGGAGCAUUUAAUAAACCUUUCUAUCUUAAAUGCAAUGUCUCUCCUUCCUGUAUUCAAAGCAAGUUCAAGGAUUAUAAUGACCUCACUAUUGUCUCUCUUCCGUGACAAUAUAUCUCCCAUGGUCAUUGUACUAACUAGUACAGAAAUAUUCAGUUAGCCUGUCCUUAUUCUUCCAUCUCCCUACCACAUUCUUCUGGUCAUUUGAGGCUUCUUUGAGUACAUUACAGACCCAUUCCGUAGUCUUUUUGCUUAGCGUGGAGCGUCUCAUCACAUUGCAACUUCUCUCCACCCAAUCGAACCAUGUAUCUCUGUUGGAGGUCCAUCUGGUGAUAUCAAAAGGUUUGAAGCCAGCGUUAAAAUAAAUUCUGUUUACCCCUAUAAGAAAUAACUUCCGUUUAAGAAAAAAUUAAAAGAAAAGUUGGUAUAUCAGUAAUCACAGUGGGUGAAAACAGGGUAUAGGAAGAAAAGAGGAAUUUUCCGGUACUGAACGAUGCCGGAAAAGGUUGUUCUGCAAUCCUAGGAAGUAGGGAUGGCAAGCGGUGCGGUGCGGGUUUUCUCUUAACCCGCAAAAUUUCAACCCGCCCCGCAUAGCAGUUGCACCCGCGUUCACCCGCCCCGCAUCCACUCUCGCCCCGCCCCGCAUAACUGUUUUUUUCUUCAUUUUGUUGGUUUUAAGUGUUCUCUUUUUAUUUUUGCUUUUUACAAUACUUUAUAAGUUUUAUAUUUUCUUUGAGGCCAAAGUGCAAAAAUCAAUCUGCCAUCUAUGGGGCCAUAUGCAAUAAUUGACAAAUUAUAAACACAUGUACAGUUAGAGUAGCUCUACAGCUCAGUUGCCAUAGAUCUAUAUUAUGGAAUUCCACAUUUGAUUAUUAAACUGUUCAAUUUGAACAUUGAGUUGUUUUUCUCAUCUAAGAAUAUUCUUUUCAAAUUGUAUCACGAAGAUUUGUGACUAUAAUGAUUAUUGAUUAAUUUGCUUUUAUGUAUAUGCAAGAAUGAAAGGGGAAAAAGUGAAAAUAAGACAUAUUACUAUAAUUUACUAAGAGAAAGAUCAAGUUAGUAUACUAUAUUUACUAAGAGUAAGUAAGAUCAAAUCAUGAUCUUUAACAUAUCAAAAUCUCGUGUUUCGAUUUAUCAAUAAAAUAGAUCUAUAAUCAAUUAAUAAUUAUGUGUUAGAUAUUACAUUAUCAUAACUUGUCAUAAAAGAAUGCGAACUUGACGUGCAAACAUUGGGUUCAAAGUUCAAACAAUAUGAAACUUUAUUUUACUUCAAUAUAUUACAUGGAAUCAAUUUCAUCUUAGAAAGUCAAAAAAUUGAGUUCACUGUUUUGAUAAAGUUUUUAAACCCGCACCCGCAUAGAUUUAAUUUUUGUUUAUUUUGACCCGCCCUGCCCCGCACCCACAUAUGUUUAAACCCGCACCACACCGCAUGUGUCUAAACUCGCACCCGCACCGCCCCAUUGCCAUCCCUGUAGGAAGUAGGAAAGAGAAGAGUCUCAGGGAAAAUGCCCAAGAGUCUCAAAUUUUUCCUUCUCUAUGCCAUUGAUAUCUUUAAAAUUUCACUUGCUGUGCAUUGUUGGAUUGACAGAUUUAGUUUGCCAAUCUGGACCUGGGUCCUGGCCUUCAUAUGUUUAUGCUCAAUCAGCACUAUAUCCUAUGGCGAAUAGUGCAGCUCAGGAUAUUUUUGGUAUUAUUCCUGGAGAUACAGACUACAGGAUGUUUGCCCAAGAUUUUGGCGAUAUUCCUGGACUGGAUAUUAUCUUCCUCCUUGGUGGUUAUUUUUAUCAUACCGCAUCUGAUACUGUUGAAAGACUAUUACCUGGAAGCAUUCAAGCACGUGGAGACAAUUUAUUAAGAAUAAUCAAAGCCUUCACAAACUCAUCUAACCUGCAAAAUGCCCAUGAGAGGAGAUUAAGAUCUGCUGUCAAUAGAUCUGACAAUGAACGUGCAGUUUUCUUUGAUUACUUGUCAUGGUUCUUGAUAUACUAUUCAAGAGAGCAAGCUAUGCUACUUCAUAGUUUUCCUCUUGUCAUCUUUUUUCUUGCGCCACUUCUCUUACGCUUUCCGACUUGGGGACUGACCUGUUGUUUUGCAACCUUUAAUGAUUUUCUUAAAGGAAUGUUGUAUCAUACUUUUGCAAUUUUGCUAGGAAUUGUUUUUCCAGUUGCCUUUGCUGUCAUAAGACUGCUGUUUUCUGGUCAGUCGAUGAACUGGUUUUCUACACCAUAUUUGGCAUUCAUGAUGUUCAUGCCCUGUUCACUUGCUGGGAUGUUGAUUCCAAGAAUGCUCUGGAAAAGCUUCCCUUUGACUCAAGAUGUUUCUGUCGUGAAGUUGUCAAAAGAGGAACUAGUUUUUGAAGCUAAAUUUUGGGGAGCAUUUGGGCUGUAUUCCAUUUUAACAGUGGUGCGUAAUAUUUUUUCCAGAAGUUAUCUGCAUUUAAUACUCUUCUUUUGAGGUUGAUUGACUUUGUCACCCGGUUUUUCCAUACUUGGUGAAGUGUGUAAAGAGGGCCAAAUUUAACCCUCUACGUUAGGAUAGUCUAUAUUUAACAUUCGUUAUACUAUCAGGCCAAAUUUACUCCUACCAUUAGCGAACUUUUUAAAAAUUAUCCCAGCCCUUAUAGUAACCCACAAUCUCCCAAAUCCCUUUUAUUUAAGGCACCCAUUCUUCUCCUUCAUCCACCGUUUUUAGAAAUCACCAUAAAAAAAUACACCUAUAGAUGUACUUUCUUAUUGCUAAGA